AGUCCCCUGUCACAACUCUCCUGGUAGCUCCUUACUGCUGGGUCUGAAGAGGGUGUUUGUGCGGCUGGUCGACUGCAGGAAAACACCAGGGCAGAGUGGAACUGUGAGAGAAGGACACGAGGAGGGAGAUUUGAUUUCAUCAAGGGACUCUCCUCCUCUCAGUGGGAGGGACUUAUCAUCUGGGGAGCUUCAACUACAACAUGUUGCUGACGAGGCAGAGAAGAGUGUCUCCCAAUCAGAACACCUCAAACACCAGCACAGACAUACAGGGAAGAAAUCUCACCACAGCUGCUCUGACUGUGGGAAGAGUUUCACUACACGGAGGUCCUUCAUAAUUCACCUGCGUAUUCACACCGGAGAGAAGCCUUAUCACUGUUAUCAGUGUGGAAAGAGCUUCAAUCAGUCAGGCAACCUGACAACACACCAGGUAACACACACUGGAGAGAAGCCUUAUAGCUGUGAUCAGUGUGGGAAGAGCUUUGCUCGGUCUGGACAGCUGACUACACACCGGGUAACACACACUGGAGAGAAGCCUUAUAGCUGUGUUCAGUGUGGAAAGAGCUUUAAUCAGGCAGGCAACCUGACAGCACACCAGCUAACACAUACUGGAGAGAAGCCUUACAGCUGUGAUCAGUGUGGGAAGAGCUUCAAUCACUCAGGCAACCUGACAGCACACCAGGUAACACACACUGGAGAGAAGGCUUAUAGCUGUGAUCAAUGUGGGAAGAGGUUUGCUCACGCUUCCAACCUAACUAGACACCAGGUAACACACACAGAAGAGAAGCCUUACAGCUGUGAUCAAUGUGGGAAGAGGUUUGCUCAAGCUUCCAACCUAACUAGACAUCAGGUAACACACACAGAAGAAAAGCCUUACAGCUGUGAUCAAUGUGGGAAGAGGUUUGCUACAUAUUACACAUUCAAAUAUCAUCUGAGAAUUCAUACAGGGGAGAAGCCUUACCCCUGCCUUGAUUGUGGGAAAAACUUUGCGAGUGCAGGAUCCCUAACCAUACACCAGAGUGUACACACUGGAGAGAAGCCUUAUAGCUGUCAUCAGUGUGGGAAGAGCUUUGCUGUAGCUAACACCCUGAUUAUACACCAGCGCAUACACACUGGAGAGAAGCCUUAUAGCUGUAAUCUGUGUGGAAAGAGCUUUGCUGUGGUUUCCACCUUGAAUAAACAUCAGCGCAUACACACUGGAGAGAAGCCAUAUAGCUGUGAUCAGUGUGGGAAGAGCUUUGCUCUAUCAGAUAAACUAACUAUACACCAGCGAACACACACAGGAGAGAGGCCUUAUAGCUGUGAUCAGUGUGGAAAGAGCUUUGCUCGAGCUUCCACCCUGAAUUCACACCAGCGAACACACACUGGAGAGAAGCCUUAUAGCUGUGAUCAGUGUGGAAAGAGCUUUGCUGAGUUAGGGACCCUGAAUUCACACCAGUGAACACACACUGGAGAGAAACCCUAUGUCUGUCUAUGUGGAAAGAGUUUUUCUCUUUUAGGGCAAAUAAAAAAACACCAGAAAUCAAAAACGUGCCAUAUUUCAUCUCCAUCCUAUACCCGACAGUGGUUAUAGAUCCCUAAAUGAAAGGCUCUAUAGAAAACAUAUCCAUCUCCCAUUCUUAAACAGUUGACUUAGUCUGAUCACCAUGGUAACCUCUGUGCAGCAUAAUAUGCAGCUCUGAUCUAGGAUCAGGUCUCCCCUGUGUCUAUGUAAUAUCACACAUUGGGAUCUAAAUGGAUAAAUGUUAUCAUAGAAAAUGUCAUAUUGUGUGUGUGGGG